AAGACGUCAAACAAUCAGACAAAAACAAAGCCAGUUGAACGCUUUUUUCUUUAAUCACUCUGCUUCUGCUGCAAUCACUGUUUACAGCAAACAAAAUACGAUGACCGAACGUUUGGAAAAAAAUGUACGCAAAGUUGUCCUCAUCACAGGAUCGAGUUCGGGGAUUGGUGCGGCAGCGGCAAUCCAGUUUGCAACUUUAGGCUACCGGAUGUCUUUGUUCGCCAUGAAUGUACCGGUGGACGAAGCUGGACUGGCCGACACAAAAGAUCGAUGCCUGAAAGCCAAUCCUGAACUCACCUCAGAUGACAUCCUGACGAUGACUGGCGAUUUGACUGUAGAGAAAGAUUGCCACCUGUACAUCGAGAAAACGUUCGAAACUUUCAAGAGAAUUGACGUCCUGGUGGCCAACGCCGGAAUCGUCAGCGGCAGUCGACUGGAAAACCUGAAAAUGGAAGACUUUGACAAAGUGAUGAAUAUCAACUGUCGAGUGGUUGUCCUAAUGAAUAAAUUGGUCAUCCCUUAUCUGGCCGAAACCAAAGGAAAUAUUGUCAACGUGUCCAGCGUGGCCGGAUUGCGUGCGUGUAACGAUAUGAUUGCGUACUGUAUGAGUAAAGCUGCCGUUGCCCAAUUAACUCGUUGCGCCGCUUCCGAAUUGGCUUCCAAAGGAAUUCGGGUCAACGCCGUUUGUCCGGGCCUUAUCGACUCUACCAGGAUCUUUCAAAACGCCGGAUUCUCGACCGAGUUCCACGACUUGAUGAUAGAACGCGUGAAAUCCUCCCACCCUCUCGGUCGAGCCGGAACCCCGGAAGAAGUUGCCAAAUCCAUCGCUUUUCUGGCCUCCGAAGAACAGGCUUCAUUCAUGACUGGAGUCACUUUGCCAAUUGAUGGGGGACGUUGUGUCUCGUCAUAAAAUUAAAAUGGCAAAUCAAAAUUAAAUUUGACAGCACGCACCUGGCACGCACUAUAGGCUAUCAAGCUAAUAAAACUUAAAGAAAAGAUUCCGGUUAUAUUUUCUAGGCUUCUUAAUUAACAAUUGCCUGUAUUCAUUACAUAAUAAUUAAAAAUAUAUUUCAACCGCGUCAGA